UAUGAAGAUAAAAAUAAAAUCAAAGUGAAGAUGGGUAUGGAAAUGAACGAAGGAAUUUAUUAUCUUAAUACUAGCAGCUUGGAUGAAAGCAUUAAUGUUUCAAUGGAAUUUUUAAACGGUUCAUCAAGUGGAGAAAUCAAUGCAACACAAGUACCAUACACGCCCUAUGAACAACGUUUGGCGACUUACAUUGUGCCCAUUAUCUUCGCUCUCAUUUUCAUAAUUGGUGUCCUUGGUAAUGGCUGCCUGAUAUUAAUUUUCUUCAGACAUCGUGCAAUGAGAAACGUUCCAAAUACAUAUAUUUUAUCAUUGGCAAUAGCAGAUCUACUUGUGAUUGUGACGACGGUGCCAUUUACUUCAGCGAUUUUCAUACUCGAUUCAUGGCCAUGGGGAGAAUUCAUUUGUAAAUUAUCAGAAUUUUUCAAAGACUUGUCAAUCGGCGUAUCCGUUUUCACCUUGACAGCCCUCUCUGGAGAUCGAUUUUUCGCUAUUGUUGAUCCACUCCGUAAAUUUCAUUCACAUAGCGGACGUCGAGCUACACGAAUAACAAUCGGUAUUGCUGUAUUAAUUUGGAUACUCGCUGGCAUCAUGGGAAUUCCAGCAAUCAAAGCUUCUCACAUUAAGUCUAUGGAUGUCAAUAACAUAACAUUCAACAUUUGCUAUCCAUUUCCCUCUGAAUGGGGGCCUAACUAUCCAAAGUUUAUUGUGAUGUUUAGAUUUUGCUGCUAUUAUGCAUUUCCAUUGCUUAUCAUUGGCAUAUUUUACGUGCUCAUAGCAAAACAUUUAAUCUACAGUGCUAGUCAUGUUCCGGGUGAGAUUCAGGGUGCUCAACGACAGGUAAAAGCGCGGCGGAAAGUUGCGAUAACAGUGCUGGCAUUUGUCGUGAUUUUUGGUAUUUGCUUCUUUCCUACUCACCUCUUCAUGAUAUGGUUUUAUUACAAUCCCCACGCAGCGGAAGACUAUAACGAUUUUUGGCACGUACUACGAAUGGUUGGAUUCUGUUUGUCAUUUGCCAACAGUUGUACGAAUCCGGUUGCUCUUUAUUGUGUUAGCGGCGCUUUUCGUAAACAUUUUAACAGAUAUCUUCUUUGCCAAAGCUCAUCAAGCUCUCGUCGUCACGCUUGUGAUAAAUCUGUCCAUCGUGAGAUGACCAUAACAAGUCAGUCCACUAUUUACCGACGUUAUACAUCAAAAAAAUUCGGCAACCAAAGUAUGAGAAGUCGUGGCGCGGAAACAACGAUAAUCAUGCUACAAAAUGGCUCCGGAGAUGAGAAUGGCUUGAUCGAUCAUGAAAAGAUGAGCUGCAUGUAAAAAAGCGUCGUCUUCAAGUUUAAGAAAGGAAAACAUAUUUUUUUUAAUCUUAAAGAUGUGUGAUGUUCUUUGAAUUUAUACUUCUUGACUGAAUGUGAUAGAAAAGAAAGCAUAAAAAACGAACUCGAAUCCAUCAAUAUGAGAUAAGAGAUUGAUGCAAAAUCAAUGUGUUAGAUUUUGAUAAGGCAUGAAAAAUAUCCUCAAUGUUAUUCUCUCAUCGGUUUUUUUUCUUUCUCCAUUCUUUUGUAAAUAAUAAAAGAUAAUCUUUGUUAAAUUGAA